AUGUCCGCCGAAAGCCCCACCAAGAAGCUCAAGACCGACGUGCCUGUCAUUGGCACGCACAAUGGCCACUUCCACGCAGACGAGGCCCUUGCCGUUUCCAUGCUCAAGGAGCUGCCCACCUACCGCGAUGCCCAGCUGGUCCGCACCCGUGACCCUGCCGUCCUCGCCGAGUGCCAUACCGUUGUCGACGUAGGCGGCGAGUACGAAGACGACAAGAAGCGCUACGAUCACCACCAGCGCGGCUUCGAGGUCGUCUUCCCCGGCCACACCACCAAGCUCUCCUCUGCUGGACUUGUAUACAUGCACUAUGGAAAGGACAUCAUCACAGCUGUCACUGGUCUUGAGGGCGCUGACCGCGACCUUUUGUACGAGAAGAUCUACACCGACUUCAUAGAGGCCUUCGACGCCAACGACAACGGCAUCAACGUCAUUGCGCCCAGUGAUCUCGACAAGGCGGGACUGCAGAAGAAGUUCGAGGACCGCGGCUUCAGCAUCGCCAGUGUAGUCAACCGCUACAACUAUGGCCCCAAAUCUCCCACUUCAGACGAGACCAAGACAGCAGAGGCCAAACAAAUGGAGGAGGACCAGCGCUUCAACAGAGCCUCUCAGUUCGUUGGGGAACAAUUCCGCUGGGAGCUCGUCGACCGCGCUCGGUCGUGGCUCCCUGCUCGUCACCAGGUCAAGCAGGCGUACGACGCUCGUCUCCAGUACGACCCCCAGGGACGCAUCUUGGUCCUCCCCGAAGGCAUGCCAUGGGCCGACCAUCUCUACAACUUCGAGAAGGAGACUCAGCAGCCACAGGGUGUCGCACCCCAGGUCCUAUAUGUCCUCUUCCCUGAGGACCAGCCCGAGGGCAAGUGGCGUAUUCGUGCCGUCAGCAAGGAGAAUGGCGGCUUCGAGAACCGCAAGGAUCUUCCAGAUGCAUGGAAGGGUGUUCGUGAUGAGCAGCUCGACCAGGUCUCUGGUAUUCCAGGUUGUGUCUUUGUCCACGCUGCUGGUUUCAUCGGAGGAAACAAGUCGUUCGAUGGUGCGCUCGCCAUGGCAAAGAAGGCCCUGGAACUGUAG